UACAUAUAAUAGAGGGUUGGGGCAAAGGUAUCACGAAAUUAAGCAUUGAGAGAAUGGCCAGGAAGAAGGUUAAGCUUCAGUGGAUUGUCAACGACACCGCUCGUAAAGCCACAUACAAGAAAAGAGUGAAGGGUCUGAUGAAAAAGGUUAAAGAACUCAGUAUUUUAUGCGGCGUUGAUGCGUGUGCCAUCACCUACAGCCCCUAUCAUCAACAACCUGAAGUUUGGCCUUCCCCCAGUGAGGUCGAACGAGUGCUUGCUGACUUCAAGAGCCGGCCGGAGAAUGACCAAACUAAGAAGGUCCUAAACCAAGAAAAUUUCACCUGGCAGAGGAUAACCAAAGCGAGAGACGAACUGGGGAAACAGCAGAAGAAAAACAGGAAGAGCGAGAUUGAACAUCUAAGGACCCAGUGUUUGAGUGGUAAGCGGUUGGAGGGUUUAGACAGCAGAGACCUGGGGGAUUUGAUGUGGGCAAUUGAUGAUCAGUUGGAGGCAGUAAAGCACAGGAUGAGUCUGGUUCCCGUUGCCCAGCCCCAAGUAGCAGGAGCUGGGGGCAGUAGCAGUAGUAAUGCAGGCAUUGGGGGGACUAUUACUGGUAUUGGUGGUGUGGGUGGUGUUAGUGGUGUAGUGGGAGCGGGUGCGAGUAUGGGUAUGGGUAUGGGUAUGGGUGUUUCAAAUGUUGGUGCUUUUGCUGGUGUUGGUGCAGUUCUUUCGGGAAUUGGCACUUUUUCUGGUGUUGUAGAUGCUCCUGCUUAUGCUGCUCCUCCAGGUACUACAGAUUCAGUUUCAGGCAUUGGUGCUCUUUCAGAUGUUGGUGGUGGCGGUGUUCCGGGGGUCGUUUCUCUUCCUUUUUCCAGUAUUAAUGGUGCUGGUGCUGGUGCUGCUCUUGGCUCCGGUGCUGCCGGUAGUGCUAUUGGUGCUGCUCAAAAGACCAGUUUUGAGCUCGCCAUUGAGGCUCUGGAGAAUCAAAUAUUUAUGGAACAAAACCAACAAAUCCAGAACGAAAACAUGGUCAAUGUAUUGGGAGAUCAAGAGAUGCUACCAUUGGACUAUGACGUCUCCAAUUUCUGGCGCAAUCCCUACAUUCACUGAGACUUCCAUGGUCAGCCUAAAAUCUAAUCACUAUUUGACCUGUUAUGCAUGUAUAAUUCCCUCUUUUUUUCCCCCUAAAAUCUGAGGUAUUGACUUAUGAUAAUCAUGGUUAUUCAUGCCUGUGGUUUCAGGUAGAGAGUCAGGCAGGCCUGAUUAGUGAUGAAGAGGUAGUGAGUUCACUUGUUUGAAUUCAUAUGAGAUGUAUUUGAUUGAUUGAAAUAAAGUCUCCAAAACAGUAAGAAUAAAGUCCUGCUAUCUGUUUCUGUUUAUUUA